AUGGAUUCAUCGUUUAAAAUUGAAUAUGUGAAAAUGUGGUGGAAGUAUGAAUAUGGCUCACUUGAAAAUGAUCUAAAGCCCCUUGUUAAUGAUGAUGAUGCAACAAUGUUAGCCAUGUGUGCUGAGGAGAUUAAGUGUGAUGUUGAGAUAUAUACAGAGGCGAGAUUUUCUAGUGGUGAGAAGACUUAUAUGGAGAGGUCAAAAGAGAAAGAAAAAGGCCAUGGUAAUGUUGAGGAAAAUGAAGAUGGCGAGGACAGUGAAUCAUCUGAAGACUCUUUGGAUAGUAUACACUUUAAAGAUAAUAAAGAGGAGAGGAUGCAUGAUUUUGAUAAAGGCAUAGGUGAAGGGUUAAACAAUGGAGUGGAUAACAGUGCUUGUAUAGGUGGAGUGCAUAAUGGUGAUGGUACAGGUCAAAUGGAUAAUGUUGAUGAUACAGGUCAAAUGGAUAAUUGUCAAGGGAUACAUAAAGGGAUGAUUGCAACUGAGAUGGAUAUGGAAUAUGUAAUUGAUGAUGAUUGCAUCACAAGUGAGCUUGAUAGUGGGGUAUAUGAUGAUAGUGAUGAUGGUAGGCCCUCAGUAAUAAGGUUUAAUGAAGAUGAAAACCUUAGAAAAGAAUUUAAAUUCAAGGUGGGAAUGGAAUUUUCUUCUCUGAAGCAAUUUAAAAAUGUUGUACUAGAACACAUAAUGUGUUGA